GGACCCGCUGCUCUGUGACAGCCUCAUCCUGUGGUUGCAGACGUUCAACACUGCUGCACCUUGCAGAAAUGUUCAGGAUUUGACCAGUGGUGUUGCCAUGGCUCAAGUGCUUCAUCAAAUAGAUGUUGCUUGGUUUGAUGCAUCUUGGUUAAAUCGCAUUAAAGAAGAUGUUGGUGACAACUGGAGGAUAAAGUCCAGUAAUCUGAAGAAAAUACUGCAAGGGAUUAUGGACUACUAUCAUGAGGUAUGGAAUUCUGAUUGUUCUAAUCAAUCAAUAUAUUUUUCUCUUUCACUUAGGGCCUUUUUUUUCCUCUUUCAGCUUGGCUAAGUAGUGUGUAUGAGGGGCUUUUUGGGUAGGACAUAUGUAGUAAUUAUCUGAUUAAAUGAGAGGUCUGAAUGAACAUAAAAUUAGUAUAAUCAUAUAAAAUUGGAUAUGUUUAUGUGUAUCACACAUACUUAAGCGUGUAUAAUUUAGAUAAAACUUGGAGUAUAAUCUGGAAACCAUUUCUCUGUUGCUGCCUGGACAAAUGUCAAAAGUACUGAACUACAGAAUCCUGCAGGCUUUUGGAUGUACCUUCAUUUUGCUCCUUCCAACUAAAGCUUUAAUCCUUUCCUAUUCAACAGGAACACAUUUAACAGCUUUAGUCUAGUUUUUCUCGUAUUCAUCUAGAAGCUGGGAGAUAAAUUACAAAUUCUGUGGAUAAAGAUAAUGGUGUUCUCUCUUAUGCAGAUCAAGUACAGUAGCUUGCACUUGUAAAUGGGUGCUGUGUCAUGA